AUGGGACCUGACAGAGUGACAGCCAGAGAGCUGUGUGAGAAUGACGACCUUGCCACCAGCCUUGUCCUGGACCCCUACCUCGGCUUCCGCACCCAUAAGAUGAACGUCAGCCCCGUGCCCCCCCUGCGGCGACAGCACCACCUGCGCUCAGCGCUGGAGGCCUUCCUGAGGCAGCGGGACCUGGAGGCUGCGUACCGGGCCCUGACGCUGGGAGGCUGGAUGGCCCACUACUUCCAGAGCCGGGGCCCGCGGCAGGAGGCUGCCCUCAAGACCCACAUCUAUCGCUACCUCCGAGCCUUCCUGCCUGAAAGCGGCUUUACCAUCCUACCCUGUACACGCUAUUCCAUGGAGACAAAUGGAGCCAAGAUUGUGUCUACCAGAGCUUGGAAGAAGAACGAGAAGCUGGAACUGCUGGUGGGCUGCAUCGCAGAGCUGCGGGAGGCCGACGAGGGGCUGCUGAGGGCCGGGGAGAACGACUUCAGCAUCAUGUACUCCACCCGAAAACGCAGUGCGCAGCUGUGGCUGGGCCCUGCAGCCUUCAUAAACCAUGACUGCAAACCCAACUGCAAGUUUGUGCCCGCAGAUGGGAACGCGGCCUGCGUGAAGGUGCUCCGGGACAUUGAGCCAGGGGACGAGGUGACCUGCUUCUAUGGGGAGGGCUUCUUUGGUGAGAAGAAUGAGCACUGUGAAUGCUACACAUGUGAGAGGAAAGGCGAAGGAGCCUUCCGCCUGCAGCCCCGGGCACCGCUACCCCCUCGGCCCCUGGACAAGUAUGAGCUCCGGGAGACGAAGCGGAGGCUGCAGCAGGGCCUGGAUGGCAGUGGCCGGCAGGGUCCACUGGGCCCGAGGGCCUGUGCCCACCUCUCCCCGCUGCGCCGGGACCCGUUCUGUGCUGCCUGCCAGCCCAGGCGCCCCCUGCCUUGCAGUGCCCGCCUUGACGCCUCGCCCCUCUGGCUCCAGUGGCUGCCUCAGCCCCAGCUCCGGGUGCGCCCCCGCAGGCGCCGGCGCCCCCAGCCCCGGCGGGCCCCAGCGCCCCCCAUUCUCCGCACUGCCCGUGUCUCCUUGCACCAAUGGGGAGGCUGUGGUCCCCACUGCUGCCUGCGUGCAGAGGCCCUCGUGGCCCUGGGCCCGGCCCCCCGCGCCCACUGGGCCCCUCAGCAGGACUGGCACUGGGCCCGGCGCUAUGGGCUGCCUUACGUGGUGCGUGUGGACCUGAGCCGCGUGGCGCCGGCCCCACCCGCUGCCCCCGCGCCUGCGGGGACCCCAGGCCCUGCCCCCAUCCCCAAGCAGGCCCUUGCCUUCGCCCCCUUCUCCCCACCCAAGCGCCUGAGGCUGGUGGUCAGCCACGGCUCCAUUGACCUGGAUGUCAACGGUGACGGGCCGUGA